UGCCACGAUAUCUGGUAUAUAUGCAGCACAGAUUCGAUGUCACGGCCAACAAGUAAGACAAUGAUCACCGUCCGAUAGAUCAGCAGAACGUAUCAAUGAUCAACGGCAUCCUCAAAUCGACGAGAUUUCGGCAGCUCACAUUUUCCCUGAUAGUGCCGAACAUCCGGAGAAGAUUCACGUCAUAUGAGGAUUUUGAAGGUUGGUUUUCUUCAUGCUAGUUUAUGUAUAUGUUGGUCGAGUAGCGUUUUAGUGAUUUUACUGUCUAGAUGGAGUCAAAUGGGUACUGAGACGGGUAAAUUGAAUCUUAUGAUCCUGCAUUGUCUGUUAUCAUUUUGGAGCGCCAUAAUAGUAAAAUGCUCGAAACGACGGCGAUUCUGCCCUGGUUAUCUUAUCUCAUGGCACGGCUCCACCCUGUCUUGCGCACCGUCGCCUUGCUUUAGCGCCACGGAUCACUCCUCCAGGAAAUGCCGAAGCGUUCCAUACUCGAAGGAAUCCGUGAAAAGCGAUCGUGUCUUUCACAGGGUUCACGAACGUCGAGGGUCGAGAUAAGGUGCUGAUAGGCCCAGUCAUACUAAUAUCUUGUAUAGAGACUGCUUGCGACGC